UGAGCUUAGAAGGCAGCAGCACUGUCAUAACACAACAGCAGCGCAUAGCUGGUGACUGGGGGCGAGCAGAAAUUAUUGUUCUGCAGGUAGUCUACCUUCGAUCUCUCCGGAUAAAUCAUUUCUUUCCGACUUCAGCUACAGUGUUAGCUAAGUUUGGAAGGGGGGACCGGGAGAACACAGGUUUUUUGCCCGCAAAUAAGGAAACAUUACCCAGGGAUUACUAGGCAACCGCCAAGGAGGAUCACCAUCCAACCUGAUCAAAACAAGAUACAUUUAUUAACACUACGAUGGAAAGUGCUGGAUCAACGAAACGUUGCUGUGAAUCUAUUCGCGAUGUGUUUACGUCGGCGAAGUUCCUUAUUUACCUCGGACACGCUCUGUCGACAUGGGGGGAUCGCAUGUGGAAUUUUGCUGUGGCCGUGUUUCUGGUGGAGCUGUAUGGCAACAGUUUGCUGCUGACGGCCGUGUAUGGCUUGGUGGUCGCUGGGUCCGUACUGCUGCUUGGUGCCAUCAUUGGAGACUGGGUGGACAAAAACCCACGACUCAAAGUUGCUCAGACCUCUCUGGUGGUCCAGAACUCGGCUGUCAUACUGUGCGGAAUUCUGCUGAUGCUGGUUUUCCAGUUCAAGGAACAGCUCACUGAACUCUACAGUGGAUGGUUGUUGACGACAUGCUACAUCAUGGUCAUCAGCACGGCCAACAUUGCCAACCUGGCCAGCACUGCCACGUCCAUAACCAUCCAGAGGGAUUGGAUCGUGGUGGUGGCCGGGGAGGACCGCAACAAACUGGCAGAUAUGAACGCCACGGUGAGGAUCAUCGAUCAGCUGACCAACAUCCUGGCCCCCAUGCUGGUUGGCCAGAUCAUGUCGUUCAGCUCUCACCUGAUUGGCUGCGGCUUCAUCUCCGGCUGGAACCUGUUCUCCAUGUGCCUGGAGUACGGCCUGCUCUGGAAGGUGUACCAGAAGACCCCGGCGCUGGCCAACAAGGGCGGCCAGAAGGAGAAGGAGACGGACCAGAACCAGGAGAUGAAGCAGCUCAACAGCCAGAAAGAUAUGGAAAACGGCGAGGCCCCAGCCGAAGCCUCUCAGCUGAUGAACGAGGCAUCUGCGGCGGUCGUGAAGACAGCUGCCACCAACGAUGACAAGAAGUCCGCCGGCUGCUGCCAUCAGAUGUCGGAGCCGGUGCGCACCUUCCGCGACGGCUGGGUGGCCUACUACAACCAGGACAUCUUCUUCGCCGGCAUGGCACUUUCCUUCCUCUACAUGACGGUGCUGGGCUUCGACUGCAUCACCACGGGCUACGCCUACACGCAGGGCCUGAGCCCCUCCAUCCUCAGCCUGCUCAUGGGCGCCUCGGCCAUCGCCGGCAUCUUCGGCACAGUGGCGUUCACCUGGGUGCGCCGCAAGUGCGGCCUGAUCCGCACAGGCUUCCUGUCGGGCGUGGCCCAGCUCUCCUGCCUCACGCUGUGCGUCUUCUCCGUCUUUGCGCCGGGGAGUCCCUUCGACCUGACCGUCUCGCCCUUCAAGGACAUCCUCCGCCACCUGUUUGGGGAGGGCGCCGACGGCCUGCCCGAAGGUCCCACCAUCCCCAGCGUUGCCCCUCUCAUGGUCGACGUGUCCAACAGCUCCACCCUGGUGUUCGAGCAGGCACCUCAGGUGGAGUCCUACCUGUCUGUUAGUCUCCUCUUCGCAGGAGUCAUUGCUGCUAGAGUUGGUUUGUGGUCAUUCGACUUGUCCGUGACCCAGCUCAUCCAAGAGAAUGUGAUCGAGUCGGAGCGCGGCGUCAUCAACGGCGUGCAGAACUCCAUGAACUACCUGCUGGACCUGCUCCACUUCAUCAUGGUCAUCCUGGCGCCCAACCAGGAGGCUUUCGGCCUGCUGGUCAUCAUCUCGGUGUCCUUCGUGGCCAUGGGCCACCUCAUGUACCUCAGGUUUGCCUACAAGAGCCUGGGCAGCCGCCUCCUCCUCUGCUGCUCUCCCGAGCAGAAGGAGGUGCCCGGCGGCAACGACAGCAACGCGCCCUCACUUCCCACCACUGUGUAAGCCGAUUAAAGAGACCCUAUCCCUAGCCUAGAGUGUUGUCUUUUAGCUUCUACGCUUAUAUACCAACUCUCACUCUCCUGCGUCCCGUCCCCCAAGGUAGCCUAGCUUACUGCGACAGAGGGACCAAAGAAAUUCUACUCUUGUAAACUAACACACGUUCCGGUGACGUGCUCUUUUAGCAAGUUGCCGGUGUCUUAGCAGCAUGUCUUGUAACGCUUAUUGUUAACCCUUCUGAAGCAUUUGCGCUGACUGUAGCAAGAGAUAGCAGCUGCAGGUACAUACGAUAAUCGUUACGAUAGAGACAGUGGAGUAGAGUAGCAAACGGGGCCAGAGGGCCGCCGGAAUCGGUUUGUGCGACGAGCUGUCGGAAGGAACGGGUAGCUAGCCUUGACCUGAGGACAGCCAGCUGCACUCUACUCUCCUUUCCAGCCGAGCGUCGGCCCUGUGCUGUUGUGUAACUCAGAGCAGAAACGUCAAAAAAAGAGAGAAAGGAUCCAACAAAGAAUGAGGGAGGAGAUAUGGCAAGUCCCGAGUAAGCACAGUGGUAGUGUGUGCAUGCUUGUAUGUUUUGUAAGUGGCUUGUACGAUACUUCUUGUCACCUUGUGUUUUGAGCUUCAUAUCAGUACAGGGAAUUGUUUUUUUUUUUCUUGAACUGUAGCUUUUGGAUUUAUAGUUAAGCUCUAUGGGUGCUCUUGUAGCUACUGGUGUUUUUUUCCGUUGUUCAGUUACUAUGGCUUGUUAAGCUAUACUAUUAACUACACUUGAGCUGAUUUUGUCCCGCGCUGUUCCGAGUCAGGCCAGGGAUAAAGUCUCUUUAAUCCGUGUUAUUCUAAAGGUUAUGCAAAAUGUAUUCAUUCAGGAGAAUAUAAACAUCUGAAUAUAACAGUA